AAUUUCAAAAUGUCUGAUAGCGAAAUUAAUUCAAUAAUAUAUUUCUAAAAUGGAAAAUAAAACCUAAAAAUGAUUAUAACAUUGAUGUAACAUAUAAAGAUAUAUUAAUACUAAUACUUGGAAAUGUCUAUAUAAUUUUCGUGAUUAUUUAAAAACUUUACCAAAUUGUUGCGUUUCAAUAAAAUGGGUAAAUUGCCGUAUCUGUACACCGACUCGGAGGAAACGGAAGAUACAUCUAGUUCUGUGGAAAACAUUAAGAAGAAAAGGCGAUUGUCGAUUUUAAAAUUCGCAAACGAAAAUAUCAAAAAGAAAAAAUGCAACGUCCACAGUAAGUCAAAAGCGGAUCCAGAUUUCCGAAGCCGGAGCCGUUCCAGUCAACGGAUUUUCAAGCAGAAGCUACGCGGUAUACUGAAGCACGCUGAGAGAGAAUCAUCAGACGAAGAAGACAGUGAGCCGACACGACUAUUCCGCUCCCAAGAUCGCUGUUUCGUUGGCCAAGUUCCCAGGCCUGCGGGGUCGAAGCCUGGCCGCGGCGGCGGUGUUGCCAUCGUUGUGCGGAAGAAUACUAGUAAUAUACCGUGUCAGCAGAGUUCUACGAGCAGCACGAAGAAGCGAAGGUGGCCCAAACGAGUCGAUAGGAAGCGGUCUUAUUGAAGAUGGAUUUAUUUAAUUAUACAAGCAAAAAAAUCGUUUAUUUAAUAAGCCAAGAGAUUUAAAGUCGGUUUCAUUAAACUUUUUAUAAA